AUGACCAAACGAUUUGAUGAUGGGCGUGAAAGAUUACUCAGUCAUAGCGAUUCAAAGAAUCGUUCAUCUAAUCUUGAAUGGGUAGAAUCGUCAUGGACUCGAUGGUUAAAUCUCUUAUUUUGGUGUUGGAUGUCUCCUACAUUACGCACUGGGUACAAACAAGUCUUAACUGAUGAUGACCUUGAUCCUUUACCAAACCGAGAUAAAUCAUCGUUUUUACUACAUCGAUUAGAAUCUUACGACUGGACUUCAGCUUCUACAUGUCGAAUAAUCAUUCGUGAAUUUUGGAGAGAAUACAUUUCAACAGCUGUGUGCUCUGUCCCAUACAUCUUUUCUCGUAUUGUUCAACCGUUAUUACUUCGUCAGGUAGUUCUGAGCCUGACGAAUAAACAACCGGCACUUGUAACAACAAAUUUUUAUCUGAUAUUAUUGUGUUUAUUUCUUACUGCCCAGUAUGUUCUCGAUCAUCAAAUAUAUUUUUCUUCGUAUCGAAUGGCUUUACGAAUCCGUAAUACACUGAUGUUGAUCAUCUAUCGACGUUCAUUAUCCAUCACCUUGGUAAUGUGGCAGAAAAUCAACAUGGGACAAAUGGUCAAUCUCAUUGUAAAUGACACUGCAAAAGUCGAAGAAAUGUUCUCGCAUAUCCAUGCUGUAUUUGGAGGAAUAAUCGAAACUAUAAUCGUAUUUAUUUUACUUUGUUGGAUUAUCGGAUCGAUACCAGCAUGUGCAACUUUCAUCGUAUUCGUUUUGAGUAUCAUCUGUUCGUUAUUGAUUGGUCGCUAUGUGAGUCAGUAUGACGAUCUGAAGACUUUUUAUAAUAAUCAACGUGUUCGUGCAUUUUAUGAAAUGAUUCACGGGUGUUAUACGAUUAAAGUAUAUAAUUGGGAAAAGUCGAUGGAAGAUCGAAUAGGUCAAAUCCGUAAAAAGGAGCUGAGUGUUCUACGACGCAUUCAUAUUCUGACAGCUUUGAAUUCUAUUUUUAUGUUUAUUUUGGUCCCACUUCUCGGGCUUACGACGUUUAGUGUGUAUUGGUUGUUGGGUUAUCCACUGAAUGCGGUCGACUGUUUCACUGUGUUAGCACUUUUCGGUCUUUUACGGGGUCAAUUUAUGUUUGCUAUGCCGGUUUUAACGGAAAGAUUGACAGGAAUUCUAGGAGCUUCAAGAAGAAUCGAUGAAUUCAUGCGUUCGACAAGCCCAAAUCAGAUCUAUUCGAUACCCUCGCAUGACGAUUCUCAGAAAGGAUGUAUUUCCAUGCUCAAUACGUCUUUCGUUUGGACCGAUACGCAGCCUUGUCUUGUGUCAUUGAAUAUCAAUAUAAAAUCCGGUAGUUUCAUUGGCAUUGUUGGAGCAGUUGGCGCUGGUAAAUCAUCACUUCUGGCUGCUAUUCUAGGCGAAAUGACUCUAACUGAUGGUCAACUGAUAACACAUGGAAGUUCAUUUUCAUACGCAUCUCAAUCGCCAUGGAUAUUUGCAGACACGAUUCGAAAUAACAUCAUCCUCGAUCAACCAUUUAAACCACAAUGCUAUCGCAACAUUCUUCACGCUUGCUGUCUCGAUGUUGAUUUGAAUUCAAUUGGAGUAGCCGGUGAUUUAACAAUGAUCGGAGAAAGAGGUAUAAAUCUAAGCGGCGGUCAGAAAGCACGCGUAUCUUUGGCUCGAGCAUUGUAUAGAAAGGCUGAUGUUUAUCUUGUUGACGAUCCGUUAGCGUCAGUAGAUGGUGAAGUUGCUAGACAAAUCUAUGAAAGAUGUUUUAGCUCAACAGGACUUCUGAAAAACAAGACUUGUCUGUUAGUUACACAUCAAACACAAUUCCUUGCUAAUGCAAAUCAAAUCAUAUUUCUCACGCAAGGUCACAUUGAUGAACAAGUCCAUUCAAAUGAAUUUCUUCGUGCACAAAAUCGAACAACAAAAUGUGAAAUGUCAGAACUAGAAAAUCUUAUUAGUGAAAGUACAUCAAUGGUUGAUCCGCAACCAAUCAUCACAAAAGAAGCAUCUGUUCAUGGUCAAACAAAUUGGAGUUUAUGGUUCCACUUACUCAUUUCAUCACCAUUAGGCAUGUGUGGAUUGAGUUCCCUAAUCUUUUUGACUAUCAUCUGCGAAAUUUUCUACGAUGGUUCAAACUAUUGGCUUCGAGUUUGGUCAAAGCAAUCUCCUACUGAACAGCAGUCCCAUCCCGCAUUUGCUCAUACUUAUUUUGGUUUGGUUGUUAGUACUAUAGGAUCAGACGUACUCCGUACUAUUCUCUUUUUCUUCAUUUUUCUACACGGUGCAAACAACUUACACAACUCUAUGUUGAAAGGACUAUUGAACACAACGAUUCAAUUCUUUGAAAGUAACGCAAGUGGUCGAAUCCUUUGUCGAGCAAGUUCAGACCAGAAAGUCGUUGACGAAACAUUACCACCCGUUUUAUUAUUUGCUACUAAAAGUGCAUCGAUGUUCGUUGGAUCAGUCGUUGUCAUUUGUCUUGUUAGACCGUACGUUUUGCUGGUCAUUGUCGCAUUGAUUCCGUUCUUUAUUUUCUUGUGUCAUUUUUAUCUACGAUCGAAAAAUCAAUUGAAACAAUUGGAAAGCACAACUUCGAGUCCGGUGUAUGAUCUUCUUUCUACAUCACUUUAUGGUUCGGUCAGCCUACGCGCAUUCAAAAUCGAAGAACAUUUCAUUAGUUCUUUUAUCGAUCGACUCGAUCGGAAAGCUCGUGUUUCGAUUAACACGAGAGGUGCUACACGAUGGUUUGGUAUGCGACUUAAUCUUUUACCGCUCAUCAGCAUAUUUGCUACUGCAAUUCUCCUCGUGGCUUUUCACGAUAGGAUCGAUCCAUCUGUCAUUAUAUUUGUACUAUCGUAUGCAAUUUCCAUGCCGAAAUCAUUUCAAUUAGCCAUUCAGCAACUGCUCGAAUGUGAUCUAUUAAUGGCAAGUGUCGAACGGAUUUAUCAGUAUUCACAAGUCCCGCCUGAAGAGGAUCAAGGUGGGCAUCAAAGUUUGGUUAAUAUAGAGCCGGAUUGGCCAACACAUGGCGAAAUUGAUUUUCGUAACUAUUCCUUAUCUCAUCGAAAAGAUCUCGAUCCUGUCCUGACGAACAUUAAUAUUAAAAUUAAAUCUGCUGAAAAAGUCGGUAUUAUAGGUCGAACUGGUGCAGGAAAGUCAUCUCUUUUCAAAGGUAUCUUCCGUUUUAUUCAUCGUUCACAUAUCCAAGGUACGAUACUCAUCGACAAUAUCGAUAUUAGUCGCAUUACCCUACAGAAACUUCGAUCUCAUCUUAGCAUUAUUCCUCAGCAUCCGAUUCUUUUCAGUGGCACUCUCCGAUACAAUCUUGAUCCAUUUAAUCGCUAUUCAGAUGAACAAUGCUGGAUAGCAUUGGAUGAUGUGCAAUUGAAACAAUUCGUCAGCGAUCAUCCGAUGGGACUUGAAAUGCUGACUACGGAAUCAGGUGGAAAUAUAAGUGCGGGUCAAGCUCAAUUGAUUUGUAUUGCUCGAGCAAUCUUGAAACAGAGUAAAAUCUUAUUGAUCGAUGAAGCUACAUCGAAUGUUGAUCAGCAGAUCGAUUCGAUUAUUCAAACAACAAUGGCGGAGAAGUUUCGCGAUCGAACUGUUCUGACCAUUGCUCAUCGGCUUGAUACCGUUGCGAAGAGUGAUCGAAUUCUUGUAUUGGACAAAGGUUCAGUCGUCAAUUUCGAUAUACCAACCAACAUUUUACCACAGUAUCAAAAUCCCUCUUAG